UGUCACUGUAUCAGUAGUUUAGUACUUGGCUGGGGGCGUUUCUCUGCGCAAAAUGAGGAGCUGAGGCUGCGUCUUGCAUGCGGUAUAAAGCUCCGCACUUCGAUUUAAAAGCCAUCACUUUGGUGCCAACUGUGACUCCUCAACGUUCGAAUUUUGCUUUCCGUUAUUGACUCUCCGUCUCCGACGAUGAGUUCUGGCACCACUUUCCUCCCGCCUUUUCCUGUUCCCCACAAGAAUUUCUCCCUCCCAAUCAAGGGAAACAAAACAGAGAUAAUAAUUUCAAGUCAUGAAGAUCGUUUUCUGGUUGUUGCUACUCAAAUAGGAACCAUGGGGACAAUACUGCAUGCUAGAAAGGAAGAAGGGAUGUCAAUUAAUCCAACAUUCAACGUGUCUGUUAUUUUUGGCAAACGGGAUGAGCCAAUGUUAGAGGCAUGUGCGCGUCAGCUAAUCGAACACAUGAGCUCCUCUGGCUCCGCUAAGCCGUUAGUGCUCUCUCUUGGUCUUAGAGACCAUUCUACGGAGACGCUGAAGGCCAUUGUUUCUGCUGUGAUUGACAAUCGCCUCUGGUAACAAGUUGCUGCUCGACUGUCAAAUUUCACGGUCUGGUCUCGAGCUUCCUUUCAGCCCAGGCCGCCUGUCAUUUGAUAAUUUAGUACAUCUUCCAGACUUUUUCGAUAUAAGUAUACGAAAGUCGUUUAUUAAUUCACUAGUUGCCUGGCCAUUUUUCAGGUCAGGAUUCAGGAAUCACUUUCUAUUAAAACGCCUUUUUUUAACACCAAUGUUACGACAUUACAACAUUUUGUCUUGUUUUGUAAAUUUUGCUAAUCUCGCUUGGAGUUGACAUAGAGAACACUCGAAAUUGUCGUUCUAGAAAAUGACAUUCAAUUCUUGAUGUUCAUAUACAUUGCAAAA